UAUGCAGAAACUUUCAAACUACAAAAUUUAUUAAAACAGGUUUCUGCUUCGGAAACAGUCGAGACUAGGUUAAAAAAUCAGGGUGAUGCAAGACCGCCUGCGUUGUAUAAUAGAGAACAGUCUUUACGAUCAAACGUUACACCUUCGAGCAAUGUUAAAUUAUCGAGAAACGUAAUGAGAGAGCGAACGGGUUAUAUCGAUAUUAUCUACGCGGAUGACAAAGCUAACGGAAGUAUGAAACGUUUCGGUAACUUAGGUAACAAUCCCGUAGAGAAUCGACAAGUAUAUGGCAUUGAGGAUGUCAUGAAGGACAUUCGGGAAAAUACAAGAUUUAUUAUUCACAAUUUUACGGAAGGUGAAGCCUUGAGGAAGAGGAAUGAUAUGUUUAAAGCUGCGAUGGAAGAUAAAAAUUUAAAGAAUUUAACUAGGUAUGCGAAGAGUUAUCAGGAGCAGCAAGGAUACUUUGAAGAAAGCAUGCAGUUGAUCUAUCAUUAUGGUGGAAUGAACGCGAGAAAUAAUAGCGCUUCUCAAAAUAUAAAACUCAAUGAUACCAAGAGAACGAAGCGAGCGCAUCCCGAGGAAACUGAUGAAGGCGACGUGAUGGUUGUGAUUUUGAGAAUACGCGUCCCGCUGCUUCGCGUAAAGUCUCAAUACACGCUUACGGGAAAAGUGGGAAAGGAGAUGUUACAUGGCAAUGGCCUGUUUAGCGGAAACUUUACCGACGUAGUGGGCGAUUUUACACUAGAACUGAAGAAGAUGAACGAAGAAUUGAUGAUCGUUCGUGCUGCUAGAGCCAAAUUGUCCGCCAAAGACAAGAAGAUCAGUCUUCAGGGUAUGAACGAGGCGGGACCGGUGCAAGUUAUUCUCAAUUAUAGUUUAAUGGCUGCGGAGGCAGUUGCCGCAAUGCUUGCCGACGACUUUGCCACUAAGGGACUCAGCGAGAAAACGGCCGACGCGCUGAUCUACAGGAUGUACAAAAAUUUACCCGUCAAGUAG